GCGUAACUAUCAACACCGAAAAGAGAAAUGAUAUCCCAUCGCAGAGAUCACCCCGCACUCUCAUUUUUCAGUUUGCGGGGUUAACUGAAGUAUUCCCCUUCGGCUUUCCUCCCGAAGCCUCUCAAGGGGCGAACGAUGUCGAUCCUUGCAUACAUCCCAAGCAACUGAUGUCACACAACAUCAGAAUCAGCCUAUUUCAUUCCUGGCGGAUAAAUUUCCGCAGAAGCCUUAAAUACCUUGCAUUUGACUGCGAGAUCAGGACCAUAACAAUGGCCAACCGCGAUGAUGGUGUCUAUCAAACGUUGGCUACUCGGCUUCUGCGCCGUGUCCACGGUAUGGGCGAACCCCAUACAAACCCGCGAGGAGGGCUAUGUGAUGCCCAACUCGAGCGGCUUCCGCAUGCAGCAUGGCUUUGAGACUGUGCUCGUCCAGCCAUUUGGCUACGACGGGUUUCGCGUGCGCGCCUGGCCCUAUCGUCCGCCCACUGGCAACGAGGUCAGCUUCAUCUACGACCCGCCUCUCGAGGGUUUCGAGGAUGGAAAGGCCCAUGGCUUGGACUUUGACACUGCGUUCAAUGGCAAUCGGACGGUCGCCAUUCGAAAUGGCAAGAUAGUUACGCUGCUUACGAACGAGUAUGCGCCUCUCAAGUCGGUCAAUCCCAGGUACUACUUCUGGCGCGGACCAGGGAGCGAGUUCUCUGCGGAAUUCUCGUUCAGCUCGACGCCGGACGAGCAGAUCUACGGCACGGGCACGCAGCAGGAUCAUAUGGUCAAUAAGAAGGGUUCUGUGAUCGAUCUGAUCAACUUCAACACGCAUAUCCCGACGCCGGUGUUUGUGAGUAACAAGGGCUACGGCUUUGUGUGGAACAUGGCGUCCCAGGGCCGGAUGGAGUUUGGAGUCUUGCGGACCAAGUUCACGGCCGAGUCGGCGACUGUGGUCGACUAUGCAAUAGUCGCUGCGGAGCGAGGUGACUACGAUACACUCCAGCGUCGGCUGUCGGCACUGACAGGUCGUGCGCCCACGCCUCCCGAGGCCUCGCUCGGUUACAUCCAGUCGAAGCUGCGGUACGAGAACCAAACCGAGGUGGAGCUGCUGGCUCAGCGGUUCAAAGACCACAACAUCCCGGUCUCCAUGAUCGUCAUCGACUACCAAUCCUGGGCUCACCAGGGAGACUGGGCAUUGGACCCUCGCCUCUGGCCGGAUGUGGCGCCCAUGGCGAAGAAAGUCAAGGAUCUCACAGGCGCAGAGAUGAUGGCGUCUCUCUGGCCCAGCGUAGCCGACAACAGUGAAAACUACCUGGAACUCAUCGCGAAAGGGCUACUAUCCGCUACACGAUCCGGCCCCGGCACCACCGACUCCUGGAACGGGUCUUACAUUCGGAACAUCGACUCAACGAACCCGGCCGCUCGGGCGUUUCUCUGGAAGACGCUGAAACGCAACUACUACGACAAGGGCAUCAAGAACUUCUGGAUUGACCAAGCCGACGGCGGCGCGCUAGGCGAAGCCUACGAGAACAACGGACAGAGCUCCUACAUCGAGUCCAUCCCAUUCGCGCUGCCCAACGUCCUCUACGCCGCAGGCACCCAGCUCAGCGCAGGCAAGCUGUACCCUUGGGCGCACCAGCAGGCCAUCGAAGAGGGAUACCGCAACGCCACCGGCACGAAAAUGGGUGAAGCAUGCGACCACAUCAGCCUGAGCCGCUCGGGAUACAUUGGUUCCCAGCGCUUCUGCAGCAUGAUCUGGUCGGGGGAUACGACUUCCGUGUGGGAUACGCUGGCCGUGCAGGUUGCCAGUGGCCUCUCAGCGGCUGCAACGGGGUGGGGAUGGUGGACGAUGGAUGCAGGAGGGUUCCAGGCUGACCCGACGGUGACGUGGAGCGCGAACAUCGACACGCCCGAGUACCGCGAGUUGUACGUGCGGUGGUUCCAGUGGGCGACAUUCCUGCCGUUUAUGCGAACACAUGGGUCGAGGAAGUGCAAUGUCCAGAAUGCGUACACGUGCAACAACGAACCGUGGUCGUAUGGCGAGGAGAACACGCCCAUCAUUGUGUCGUAUAUCCAGCUGCGGUAUCAGCUCAAGACGUACAUCCAGGCUGUGUUUGAGCAGUUUCAUCAAACGGGGAUGUCGAUUAUGAGGCCACUCUAUAUGGAUUUCGAGCGGACAGAUCCGCAGAUCGCGAAGAUGACGCGGGAGAAUGUCAAUGCAACUACCCAGCAGUACAUGUUUGGCCCGAGGCUGCUUGUUACCCCAGUCACGUUGCCCAAUGCUACCGAGUGGGAGGUGUAUUUGCCGCAGACGGGCCAGGAUGAGACAAAGCCGUGGACGUACUGGUGGACGAAUCAGACAUAUGCUGGUGGACAGACAGUGACCGUCCCGGCCCCGAUCGAGCAUAUUCCGUUGUUUUACCUGGGUAGGAGGGAGGAUAUAAUGAGUGGAGGUGUGUUCUAG